GGGAAAAAGGCCUGAAUUUCCUAUUUUUAGGACGGGUUAAUCUGUGGUUUAAAGCUAUUGAUUUAGAGACAACUUCCAAGCCUCAACACCAUACAGUACUACUGGAAAAAUAUAGCAUUUUAUCAUUGUCUUCUUGAGGGUCAUGCUAAGAUCUCGACAGCAGAGAAAGUACUUCAUUCAUGUAAACAUUGUUUUGGCCUUUUUUAUUUCUUUGGAUUGAUCCCAUGAUGUAACAAUUAAUACCAAUAAAGGUAAGUUAAACUGCCCACUCUCUACCGUUUCGCAUGUGCGUGGGAACCCAGCAUCAAACAGGACAUUUCACUUUUCACAGAUUAUCAGUCACUCUGACGAUGUCACAAACCGUUUGAAAAUCCGUUUUGCAAAAAUGUUUUCCAAAUUAACAGUGAAUCAACUCCCAAAAAUAUGGUGCUUGUUCAAUCAGAGAAACUUCGGCAUGGCACCUUGCACGUACAAUCAAAAUGCGAUAAAAACGCAUUUCACUGUAACACUUUUAGAGGCAGCCGACAAAAUGGGUCGUCAAGUGGCUCUACUCCUGAAACAGAGCCCUUUAAUCUCUGAGUUGAGACUGUACGACAAAAACAGUUCAGUAUGUGUAGUUGCUGAAGAUUUAAGUCACAUUGACACUUAUACUAAAGUGAAAUCUUAUUGUGGAAUGUCUGUGUUGAAACAUGCAGUACAGGGUGCAGAUAUAGUUGUCUCUGUGGGGGGCUGCAGAAGUCAACUGAAAGAAUGCUCAAAAGAACUUUUCGAGAAAAAUUUGGACGAUAUAAGAAGCGCUAUAAUGCAUUGCAUGGAAUUCAAUCCGAAAGCUAUUUUUUGCAUUGCCAAGCCACCGAUCGAAGCUUUUGUACCCAUGGCGGCAGAGGAAUAUAAAAAAGCUGGCGUGUUCGAUCCAAGAAAAAUCAUAGGCAUAACCUCAGUAGGUUGCAUGAGAGCUAAUUAUUUCAUCGGUCUUAUAAGUGGUCAAAAUCCUGCAGACGUCCAGUGCCCAAUUGUUGGAGGCAUUUCGAAAAAUUGCUUGGUGGCUUGUGUAUCUCAGAGCAGGCCUGGUAAAGUGCAUCCACAACAUUACAAAAUGAUCCAAGACUCUAUCAGUAUAGCCGAAGACGAAGUCCUUAAAUCGUCCGGAGAUGGCAUGACUUGUCUUUCUUCAGCUCUAGGAGUUGCCAAAUUUGUCAAUGCACAAUGCAAGGCUCUCAGUGGUGUAACCAAUUGUGUAGACUGUGCUUUUGUGAAGCAAACUGGACAUGUUUGUCAGUUUUUGCCUUACAUGGCCUCUAUUGUGAGACUAGGUCGGCACGGGGUUCUCUCUUGUCACAUGCCCAAAAUCAAUGGCUAUGAAGCGCACUGUUUGAAACGAGCAUGUAUGUAUAUAAAAGAAAAUAUAAAGCUUGGUGAGUCGUUCGUAACUGGGGACCAUAAAAAGGAUUCUAAAAAAACUGCUGCUCCAGUGAAGCUAGCUACAUGAAAGAUGUUACCAAAAAGAUUGUUUUGAUAAAUGUCAGUUUUGAUAAUCAAAUAGUUGUUUAAUUUAA